AUGAAGCGGAUAUUGGGCAUAUUAAGCUUCGCAGUUUUUUAUAUCACUUCUCUUGCCUCGUCACAAUCCACUGUUCCCGAGAAGACAUCAAAACUUCCCGUCACCAAGAAAGACCCCCGAGACUGCGACUGCUUCACCGUAUCCGGCGCUGAUCCAGGAUACUUUCAGCACUAUAAGCUCUGGGACUUUCGUGCUAUUCCCCUGAAGAAAAGCGAUGCGGACCGCCCGCAAAAACAGGACGACGAAUGGGACGAAUGGGAUGAGGACGAAGACAUAGAUGAGGACGAAGACAUAGAUGAGGACGACGAUGACGACGACGAAGAUGAUGAUAAUGAAUACGAGGAAGAUUCAUUCCCAGGAUCUCUCUAUUUAUUCAAAACAGCAUUCGACAAAGACUGGAUUAGCCAGGGAUGGCAUCGGCCACCCACACCCCUCGCCCCAGUAAGGAUGGUCAAUUCCAAACGAAAUGUCUUCUUCGCCCGUGCAAAAGAUCGCAAAGAUCCAAAAGCAACAUACCUCAUCUUGCGAACAACUCGUCACCACAAUUUCACAUCUACAGCCGAGAUCGAGACGCGCGUCCAAAAUAUCUUUCGCUGUUCUCUCAGGGUACAUAUGCGAAUUUUGCCUGCCAGCAUGGUAGUCUUGCAGCCGCCUCAUCCUCAAGAAUGGCCCUCGCUGGAUCCAAAUCAACAUGCCCUCGCAGCACUUGAUGAUGGACCAGGCUUUGUUAACUCCACUUCUCUACUGGCAGAUGCUACAAGACCUCCAUCGGGAGCUUGUGUAGGUAUCUUCACCUACCACGCUAAGAACUGCGAAUCGGAUAUCGAGAUUUUGACAAGCGAUCCCUCUCACCGAGUCCGAUACGCCAAUCAACCAGAUUACGAUCCUCUCACUGACCGAAUGAUCCCAGGCGCGGCUACAGUCGCGGAUUUACCGGUUCCAUGGACUGGAUGGUCAACGCACCGCUUGGACUGGCACUCCGAUCGCUCGCGUUGGUACGUGAACAAUCAAUUGCAAGAAGACAAGUCAUACCGUGUGCCGAAUCUUCAAAGCAGGCUCGUGAUCAAUCUUUGGAGUGAUGGUGGUGUCUGGACUGGCGAUAUGAAGAUAGGAGACAGUAUCUAUCUUGCCGUUGAAUACAUCGAAUUAGCAUAUAAUCGAUCUUCCGAUGGAAAUGAGCUGGGCAGGAUCCCACCAGAGCAAAGCCACGGAGGACAUCAACGGCCUCACCGUCCCCGUCCUAACACAACUGAAAUUGAAAUCGAAGAUGUUUUUGAAGAUGUGGAACGGUUCGAGCCUGAGACGGAGAUUUUGACUGGGGCUUGGAAAAAGAAGAAGAAGCACCAUAAGUGCAAGAAGGGGAAGAAGGGUAAGAAGUGCAGGGAAAAGAAGAAAAAAGAGAAACAAAAGCAUGGGACGGGAGGCGGGGGUACUGGGCCCAAAUGCCAGCGUAUGUGCAAUAUUGAUGAACUGCACUUUGGCUCUGUGAAUUGA